AUUCCCUAUGCAUUCUUUUCAUAUAUCUAUGUUUCCAUAGAUCAUAAUCUUUCAGUUUGUGAGUUCCCUGUGGCAUCUGUAAACGUUAACGUAACACAAAUAACGUAAAGAUGUCGGGAGGUUUGGAUGUUUUAAGUUUAAAAGAAGAUGAUGUUACUAAAAUGCUUGCUGCAUGUACCCACUUGGGUACUUCAAAUGUAGACUUUCAAAUGGAACAGUACAUCUAUAAACGACGUUCUGACGGAGUUCAUAUCAUAAAUUUACGUCGUACUUGGGAAAAAUUGCUUUUGGCUGCAAGAGCUAUUGUUGCUAUUGAACAUCCUUCUGAAGUUUUUGCUAUAUCAUGUCGUUCUCAUGGACAAAGAGCUGUUUUGAAGUUUGCUGCACAUACUGGAGCAACACCUAUUGCAGGACGUUUCACUCCAGGUGCUUUCACCAAUCAGAUCCAGGCAGCUUUCCGUGAGCCCAGACUUUUGAUUGUAACAGAUCCAGCAUUCGAUCAUCAGCCAAUUACAGAAGCUUCAUAUGUUAACAUUCCUGUUAUUGCUUUUUGUAACACUGAUUCGCCACUACGAUUUGUGGAUAUUGCCAUCCCGUGCAGCAACAAGGCACCUCAUAGCAUUGGACUGAUGUGGUGGCUUUUAGCACGUGAAGUUCUUCGUUUACGUGGCCUUAUCCCUAGGGAUACAAAAUGGGACGUGGUGGUUGACUUGUACUUCUACAGAGAACCUGAUGAAGCUGAAAAGGAAGAACAAGUAGCCAAAGAACAGACAGUUGUAAAGCCUGAGAUCGUAGCCCAUGAACCUGCAGAAACUGAUUGGGCAGAACCCCAGCAAUGGGCCGACGAAGCCGUUCCGGUUGCCGCCGUACCUGCUGCUGCUGCUACUGCUGCUGCUACUUUUCCUCCUGCUUCUGAUGACUGGGCCGCCCAAGUACAAGACGAUUGGUCUGCAAAUGCUACAGCAACACAACCCGCCCAACCUAACUGGGGUGGGGCUACUGAUUGGCAUUAAAAUGUUAAUCAAUGAAUUACCGAAAAUGUAAAGUUUCGUUUUUAAAUAAAAAUUGAAACAUGAAA